UUGGCGGACACGGUCACGCCUGACUUAUCUUUUCCAUCUCACUUUCCUUCUGGUUACUUUUUUCUCGCUUGUCAUAAUGCUGGUACUAUACGAAACCGCGCUGGGUUUCUGUCUGUUCAAACUCACAGACUCUGCAAAAGCUACGAGCCCCGACUUGUACAGGGAGUUCGAGACACCGGAAAAGGCGAGCAAGCUUCUGAAAUUGAAGUCGUUGCACCGUUUCACGUCUACCGCGACCGCCGUCGAGGAAAUUACCGCCGUUCAGGAGGGCAAGCUUGGAAAGGGCCUCAAAAAGUUCUUGGAACAUGAGAUUGUGGAGAAGGGGAAGGGCAAGGAUUCUCUUAUGGUCGUCGACCCAAAACUCGUCCGACCCAUCAACAAAAAGCUCGGAAUCAACGUCGUCGCUGAUUCCGAUUCUCUGGACCUGUUCCGUGGUAUUCGAAGCCAACUAGCUGCCCUCUUGGACGGACUGGACCCGAAGGAUUUGGCGACUAUGAGCUUGGGUCUCAGUCAUUCACUGUCACGCUUCAAGCUCAAGUUCUCACCGGACAAGGUCGAUACCAUGGUGGUACAGGCGAUUGCCCUUUUAGACGACCUUGACAAAGAGAUCAACAUCUACGCCAUGCGAGUAAAGGAAUGGUACGGUUGGCAUUUCCCAGAGAUGGCGAAGAUCAUCUCGGACAACAUCGCAUAUGCAAAAGUCGUGAAGACAAUGGGCUUCCGGACCAAUGCAAGCAGCACUGACUUUGCCGCCAUCCUCCCCGAAGACCUCGAAGCUGUAGUCAAAGCAGCCGCCGAAAUCUCUAUGGGUACCGAAAUUUCAGAUUCCGAUAUUGCGCACAUCCACUCCCUUUGUGACCAAGUCAUUGGCAUCUCCACCUACCGCACCCAACUCGCUGAGUACCUCCGGAAUCGUAUGAUCGCCAUUGCACCGAACUUGACGGCUCUGGUCGGCGAGCUAGUCGGAGCGCGGUUGAUCAGCCAUGCUGGUAGUCUAUUGAGCUUGGCCAAGCACCCAGCAAGUACCGUGCAGAUUCUGGGAGCUGAGAAGGCGCUUUUCAGGGCUUUGAAGACGAAGCACGAUACACCGAAAUACGGUCUCAUUUACCACGCUUCCCUCGUCGGACAAGCGCCUCCCAAGCUGAAGGGUAAAAUGGCUCGUAUGGUUGCCACCAAAACCGCUCUUUCCGUCCGUGUGGACGCUCUCACCGACUCUGAAGGCAAGUCAGAACCCUCAGCACCCACCAUCGGUCUCGAAAACCGCGCCAAACUUGAAUCCCGCCUCCGUGCCCUCGAAAUGGAAGGAGAUGCUUCCGGAGUUCGACGAUACUCCGAGAACGGAAAGAAGCAGGAGAAAUUCACGAUGCAGCCCAACGCUAGCACUUACAAUGUCGCUUCGGACGUCGUUGGAGACUUGCUGUCGACACAGAGGGAGCCGAUGGAGGUGGCGUUGAAGGUUGCGGAGGACACGAAAGAGGAGAAGCGGAGAGCAAAGGAGGAGAGGCGGGCGAAGAAGAAGGCUGAGAAGGAGGGCAAGAAGGCCGCGGAGAGUGGAGAUGAUGAAAAUGCGAUGGAGGUCGAUGGAGAGGACAAGAAGGACAAGAAACGGAAGCGGAGAGAGAGCGAGGCGAACGGGGAGGCGUCACCAUCCAAGGCUGCAGGUGCAGAGGAAACAGAAGCCGAGCGCAAAGCACGGAAGAAGGCAAAGAAGGCCGCGAAAGAGGCUGCAGCUGCUGAUGGAGAGUCGUCAAAAAAGCGGAAGACAUCUGCAUAGUAUCUGACUCUCCAUAUUUCUUGUCCUGUAUCCUAUUUCACACUUUCCUGGUUCUCUGCAUCAUCUUUUUAUCGCAUUCUCUCCAUCU